CAGAUCUAUUUUUUUUUUCGCAGUGAGGGAUUCGUCGACACCAAACAACUCCGCGAAAAUGCCGAUCCCCGUGGACUCCGCCAAAUCUCUCUCUAAGAAGCGCAAGAGAAAGCACGGCGGAGGCGCCCGUCCUGCGACCAACAACGAGGAAGCCUCCCCAGUCCAGAAUGAAGCCGUGACCGAAGUGGCCGAUGCUGUGGAGGAGGAAGUUAGCACGACCCCCAAAAAGAACAGCGACAAGAAUAAGAAGAAGAAGGAGUCCUCCAAGAAGCGCAGAGUCGACAACUCCGACGAGGAUGAGAAUGACAGCGACGAGGAGAUCCGCCAGGAGGAGGUAGAGGAAGAGGGCGAGGGUGAGGAGAGCGCCGAUGAUGAAAAGACUGCCGGUGCCGACCUUCCUUCGAUCGAUACUGUCCGUCUGCCUACGACGGACUCGGAGCCUAAGAAGUUCUCGGAAUUGAACCUCUCGGAGAAGACGAUGAAGGCUAUUCAGGACAUGGGCUUCGAGACCAUGACUGAAAUUCAACAACGGACCAUCGGCCCGCUGCUCGCUGGUCGUGAUGUUCUCGGUGCUGCGAAGACUGGUUCUGGAAAGACUCUCUCAUUUUUGAUUCCUGCUGUGGAGAUGUUGAGCGCUCUGCGGUUCAAGCCCCGUAACGGUACUGGUGUUCUUGUGGUUUCCCCCACCAGAGAGCUGGCCCUGCAGAUCUUUGGUGUCGCUAGAGAAUUAAUGGCACACCACUCCCAGACGUAUGGUAUUGUUAUCGGUGGUGCCAACCGAAGAGCUGAGGCCGAGAAACUCACCAAGGGUGUGAAUUUGCUUAUUGCCACCCCCGGACGUUUGCUCGAUCACCUGCAGAACACCCCCGGAUUUGUCUUCAAGAACCUGAAGACGCUUGUUAUCGAUGAGGCGGACCGUAUUCUUGAAGUCGGUUUCGAGGAUGAAAUGCGCCAGAUUGUUAAGAUUCUGCCCUCCGAGGAAAGACAGACGAUGCUAUUCUCCGCUACGCAAACCACGAAGGUCGAGGACUUGGCUCGCAUUUCGCUGCGACCUGGCCCUCUCUACAUCAACGUUGACCACCGCAAGGAACAUAGUACGGUCGAGGGCCUGGAGCAAGGCUACGUCAUUUGUGAAGCGGACAAGCGCUUCUUGCUUCUGUUCUCCUUCCUCAAGCGCAACCUCAAGAAGAAGAUCAUUGUCUUCUUCUCCAGCUGUAACUGCGUCAAGUACCACGCUGAAUUGCUCAACUACAUUGAUCUUCCCGUUCUCGACCUCCACGGCAAGCAGAAGCAGCAGAAGCGCACCAACACCUUCUUCGAGUUCUGCAACGCCAAACAGGGAACCUUGAUCUGUACUGAUGUUGCUGCUAGAGGUUUGGAUAUUCCGGCCGUCGACUGGAUCAUCCAGUUCGAUCCCCCAGAUGACACCAGAGACUACGUUCACCGUGUCGGUCGUACGGCUCGUGGUGUGAACGGUAAGGGACGCAGUCUGAUGUUCCUUCAGCCUUCCGAGGUUGGAUUCUUGAAGCACCUGAAGGAGGCUCGUGUUCCCGUUGUGGAGUUCGAUUUCCCCGCCAGCAAGAUCGUCAAUGUCCAGUCUCAGCUUGAGAAGCUGAUCGGACAGAACUACUACUUGAACAAGUCCGCCAAGGAAGGCUACCGUGCCUACCUCCAGGCCUAUGCAUCGCACUCACUCCGCUCCGUCUUCGACGUGCACAAACUCGACCUGGUCAAGGUGGCCAAGGGCUUCGGCUUCUCGACGCCACCCCGCAUUGAUAUCACACUGGGUUCCAGCAUGAGCCGCGACAAGAAGCAGCAGCAGCAGGGACGGCGCAACUACGGCAGCCAGCCCAAUAACAAGGGGCUGAAGUUCAAGCGGAAGCACGACGAUGAAUGAGUCAGCGCAGAGCAAAAGUGAUUGAUUGUAACAUUGUGCGGUUUUUGAGUAUUGGCAUAUAGUCUCGGAGUUCGAUAUUGUGGAUAUUUGGCUUGUCUACUACAUAUGGUUGAUUCACAAUUGUUAAUUGUUUCUCUUUUCAUCCGAGCAUCCAAUCAGAGCAGGAGGCGGGAUUCAGAC